AACAGCUCGCUUCGUCGCAGUCUUCACUUUUCGAGUCUCAAUUUGCCACAUGUAAAACCUACCAAAAAAGUUCACUCCGAAAAGCCGUAAAAAUAAGUAUUCGGGAUUCAAAAAUUGCUAUUUCGAGGGCAUAUUUUGAAAUGUAAUCAGCAUAACGAACAUAAUUUAAAUGUAUGAAGAGUUUGAAACGAAAUUGUAAGAAAUUAAGCUUUUUCGUGUCCAGUGAAAACUGUUCAAGUAAAGCGACACAUCUGUGACUCGUAGGUUUUUGGCAAAUAAUAACCAGUUGAAGAUACGGUGGAACACAACAAAAUAAAAUAGUGACGUUUCGCAAGUGCAGUGUUUUCGAUAUUUUAAUACAUUUUCGAAUUACUAGGGCAAAAUUAGCAUUUUAAAAAGUGUAUUGAUAACUAAAUAGAUAAUAAAUUUAUGUUUUAAAGUUACACACUUCGAUUAAACAAAUCAAUUCCAAAUUGCUGGAGGAAAAAGCUCUACUUAAAAUUUGUGUAAUUUCAAAAUUACGUAUUAACGGGUUAAGGUAGAUGAAGCUGCAAAUCUGACAAAAAAAUUUUGCUCCGGUUGUACAAAAUUUAAUUCAAAAUAAAAAAAAACGUGCUUGAAAUAAGAAUCUGCCCAUUCUUAAAAAUAAAACUCUACAAUUCUCAGGCAAAAUUACACAUAAAGCACAAUCACCCCUCUCCUUCAUUAGCCCAUCAAACUCCCAACUACGCAAAAAUACACCAUUUUCCAGACUUUUUGUCUCGACAUCUGCCUGCCAUGUGUCGUCUCUUCAUGUAACCCAACGUUCCACUAAAGUUCCUUGUCUACCUCAAGAAAUAAAUGAACAUCCACUUCUGAAAAUAUUCACUACAAAAACUCAACUUUUUCAAAAUUCACUCCAUGUAAAACACUCUGCUCAACAGAUUUUUUCAAUAAUAAUAAUACACCAACAAAACAACAACACGUCAAAGAGAAACGUCUCCCGGACAAGUCGGACAGGAAAAAAUACAUCCGAAAGUUCAUCACAAGAUCGUAAAAUAGGGUAAAAACCGAGCAAAAACAUCACCCCCUUCCAUACAUAAUCUCGAAUGAACUUAAGAGGAGAUGUACAAGUUUAAAUGUAAAUUGCAAAGUUGAAGUGUUUUCACGACUUGGACAAGAUUUGUAUUUACCGUUUCCAAAUCGGGAAUUUUACUAAAACUACGACUUCCAAGUGUGAAGUGGAUCGUUAAUUUAAUGAACUUUGUCGCGAUUGAAUUGCUCGUUUUGGCUGAAACUUUGUAUUUGUGCAAGUGUCUCAGUCCUGUGUUUUUAAGGUUUUCGGUUUAAGUGCGUUUUUGUGACUACGGAACGAAUCUGGGUAUUACGGAAGGAAGCAGGGAUUCAGGAAUUGUUGACCUGAAGCAGUUUCUCUGAAGGAUAAAUAAGUGAAGUUUUCCUUAAAGUGGACAUUUUAAGUCUAAAGAUAGACGAGGGGACUAACGGUUAAAGACUUCUUGCCGACCCGUUGUCAGUACUGACGAGACGGAUGACCAUGACGAAUUGACGAGGCGGACACAAAGCUAAAGUUGGCCAUUUUCUUGAGGAAAAGUGAACUUUACCCAUUAACGGUUGGUUACUGACUUAACUGGAGCUAAUACCCGGGUGUCCUCUGGGAAUAAGGAAAUAAGGAAAAUUCCGGGACAAUUAAACCCUCCUUGAGAAGAAAUCAAAAUUGAGAAACUUUCUUCUACAAAGAACAAAUACUAAAAAAAUACUGGACUUUCAAAAACAAUCUGCCCUACAAAAAAUUGAAAAUCUGGAAAUUGGAUACUUGCUCCAAAGCAAUCAUUGGAUCCUUCGCUAAACCAAAGCUGUGUCAAAGUUAAAGUGAUUUUCCUCUAAAAGAAAUAUCCAUUUGCUUCAUAAACACGCAAAUUGUUGGAUUCUCUUUGAAGUGAAGAAAACCAAACUCAAGUCAUCGGUCUGUCGCUGUCACAUUUAUCCAUGAAAGAUGACGUUUGUUGCACCAAUAAAUAAAUCAGAGUGAAAUUUUAAUCGUGAAAAAACCACAAGCUUCCCAAAUACGAAAUCUCUCCCGUUACAGACUCGACCGGAUUCAAAGGAUAAAACGAAAUGUGAUGUGUUGUGAUGUCAGCGAGGAUUUGAAUUCAAAUAGAAAUCAAGAACACAAUGGUCGUUUCAGAGAGGAAAAUAUUGUGCUAGAAUCAUUUUCGGAUGAAUAAAAUUGAACCUCGCGGACAAUUAUUAUGCAAAAAAUUCGUUACGAACGGAUGAUAUUCGUAUAAUGCCGAAAGUGUUUAAAUUUCUUCGCCAAAUUCAGUUUAAGCCGUGCAAAUUUUAAAACUUCGCAAAAAAUGAUGAUGAUUACGAAGUCGGUCCAUUUAAAGAGAACAAUUUACCACUGCAUAUUUUUUACCUGAGUGAAUAGCAGCCUGAAAAAUAUUAUUUUCGUCAAAAUGGCGAAAUGUUUCGGCGUUUUCGCCUUCAUGGUCGUCCUGUUUGUAACCACGAUUCGUGGGGAAAUUGUGUGUCCGGCAUAUCAAGAAAUCCCAUUUUGCUCCUGUUUCGUGCUAGACGACCAAUUGCACAUUCAGUGCAGCGGGAGUGACAUUCCCGCUCUGAAAAAAUCCCUCCAAGUUUUAAACGGCCCGGUGAAAUCGUACAGUGUGUACGAUUUGGAUUCCCGCGCGGCUAUUUUGCCCGAUGGAGUUACGGACAAUGUCACGUCGCCGGUGUAUCACUUGCAGAUAUCGCACUCGUCACUGGAGGACUUGGCGGAGAACAGUUUGCGCGGCCUGUCGAAAAGUCUCGAGUCUCUGGCCAUUGUUUCCAGUCGGCUAAAAUUCAUACCGCAAACCACGCUGUCGACGUUGCGACGAUUGAAAAUUCUCGACUUUGAAGGCAACCAAGUCCAGGAAUUGGGACCUUACAGCUUCCACAAUAUUCUACUACAGAAGCUCAACCUGAAAGGCAACCUGCUCGAGAACGUGUCCGAACACGCCUUCUGGGGCCUCGAGGAAACCCUCAUGGACGUCGACAUGUCUGAAAACAAAUUGAAAACCGUUCCGUUUCCGGCCCUUCGUCGCCUCCACCUUCUCUCGUCCCUCUCCCUCGCCUGGAACGAGCUCACCGACCUCACCGCCCUUCUCCCCCCGACUCUUCCCCCACCUCCCCCCGCCGAACCUUCCCGCUCAAAAAAAUCCGGCGCGUUCGACGUAAUUCGAAAUUCCCUCAAAGCAGGAACCCCGCCCAACAACCUGCUCCCCGCAAACAACGCGCCCCACCAUCCGACCACCACUUCCAUGGACUGGCCCCUCCUCAAAUAUCUCAACCUCAAUUCAAACUACCUCCGCUCCCUGCAUCGCGGGACGUUCAACUCGAUGCGGAACCUUCGCACGGUUUCGAUACACCUCAAUUCUAUCGAAGUGAUAGAUCCCGCCACAUUCUUCCCGCUCGUCGAACUCGAAUCUAUCGACCUCUCUCACAACAAAUUGUCCCUCCUGCCGUCCCCCACUUUUCAAGAAAACGUGAAACUCGUGUCCAUCGAUUUAUCGAAUAAUCACCUUCACUCAAUCGGCGAAGGAUUGUUCCAAAACCUGUUCGAACUUCGAGAAUUGUUCCUCAACGGGAAUAACAUAAUUCAAUUAACGUCCCCCACUUUUCUCGGGUCGCCCCAAAUCUCUAUCCUCUACUUGCAAGGAAACGCGGUAAAAUAUCUCGAAUCGGGGAUAUUUUUCCCGCUCAAAAAUUUAACGGAAGUCCGGCUAAGUGACAACUUUCUCCGCAUUUUACCACAAGACGUCUUCCUGCGUAACGAACAUCUCACUUCGGUCAGUUUGGAUGGGAAUUUGUUGGGUAAAGUUGUUCCCGGGACGUUUCAAACUUGCCGCGGGUUGAGGGAACUGAGACUACAGAAUAACGAAAUUACCACCAUUCCCGCCGGUGUUUUGGAAGGUUUGGAAACCUUGGAGGAGGUUCACCUCGAAAAUAAUCGGCUGAAUGGGAUCAAAGGGUUGGAUAAUUUGAGGCGGAUUAGGCACGUGACCCUGUCAAGAAACUCGUUUGAAAAAGUUACCGCCGACAUGUUACCGGGAACGGAGUUGAGCUCGUUGAGUCUGGGGCAUAAUAAUAUUAAGGGGAUUUCGGAUGGCGCGUUUGCUAAUCAGACGACAUUGUCGCUGCUCUAUUUGGGGAAUAAUCGUCUCACUCGGCUGGGUCAGAGAGCAUUUUCCGGGCUUCGCUCCCUCGAGCGUCUCUACCUCCAGAGGAACAACAUUUCGUGGAUUCACGGCGACGCUUUCUCCUCGCAGACCAAAGCCCUUCAAUACCUUGAUUUGUCCUUCAACCAGCUCAAGACCAUUAACCGCGCAAUUUUCUCGGGUUUGGCAUUUAUUGAAGAGAUAAAUUUGUCCCAUAACGAUAUCAGCACGUUGGAAGACGGCUCCUUCUCCAAUCUCCGCUCCCUCAGAAUCCUCGACCUCUCCACAAACAGGAUACAAUCGCUCCACUACGCGUCCACCUUUCAUCCCGCGGGCUUGGAAAUUCUGAAAAUUUGCUGUAACACGUUGUCCGAGCUUUUAAUCGGGAUUCCCGCCACAUCGUCGUCCUCGUCGCUAUCAAGCGGGGAAAGCAGUAGUAGUCUCACCUCGCCCCGGUUUCAAUCGCCUCCAAUCGCCCUGAAAGAAUUGGACCUGCAACAGAACGACCUGACCGGCUCGGUCGUCCGCCAAUUGAACCUGGGAAGGCUCGAGGUGCUGCAAAUUUCCGGAAAUAACUUGACCGACAUGGACGAAAAUAUGUUGGACGGAUUUCCCUCGUUGAAUUUCUUCUCGGCGGAAAAAUCCCAUAUCACCUCGUUGCCCGGGAAUGUCUUUAAAUUGAACCUUAACUUGGCGGUGAUAAGACUGAGUGAUAACUUCAUUAGUCACAUACCCGAUUCGGUUUUUAUUCCGGCGGGGAUUGGUGGGGGCCAGGCAGGGGUGGGGGUUUCUCCGUUGAGGGAGUUACAUCUGAGGCACAAUAGGCUGAGAGCGUUUCCGUACAAGGCGUUGGGAAAUUCGACGCUUUUGGAGGUCCUGACCUUGUCGGGGAAUCGGAUCAACACGUUGGAUCUGAACAGAAUCAUGCUGCCGAGGAUUAAACAGUUGGAUAUGAAUGAUAACAGAUUGACGAAAAUUAUGGGGGGAAGUAUGACCAAGUCGAUGCCCUUGUUGCAGGUCGUCGACUUUGGUGAAAACAACAUCUCCCGCGUUUCCGACGACCUCGUCCGAAACGUUUCCCUCACCCAGAUAAACUUCGGAGGCAAUUCCCUCCAAAAAGUCCCCUUCGCAUUUUCCGAACGGUUCGUAACGUCCGCCUUCGUCUUGAACAUGAGCGGAAAUCCUCUGAUCAACUUUUACACGGAAAAUCAUCCCUCCCGCAACUUCUCCGUUAUGGAUUUAUACUUGUGCGAAACGAACGUGAGUUUUUUGACGAGUGAGGAAUUUAAAAUUUACCCGCGCCUUCACCGCCUCGUGAUUAAGCGGAAUCCACUCACCCUCCUCCCGCCGGCGGGGUUUUCAUCGCUGCAAAAUCUGAACUUGCUGGACCUGAGUGAGAACGCGAUUGAGGAUUUAAAGCACGACUCCUUCAUUGGAUUAGUUACACUGAAGUCACUCAACCUCUCGCACAACUCGAUCAAAACGCUGCAGCCCUUUCAUCCCCAUCUCGCAGGGCUUCAGGACUUGGACCUCUCGUUCAAUCAAUUAUCUCGACUCAGCCCGGAAACCUUUGCCAAUUUAAUCUCUCUCGUGACUCUGCGAAUCCGUGGGAAUUGGCUGACUGGCUUGCCUGCGGAGCUAUUUGGACCUCUGGCUCGCCUUGCUGUGCUCGAUUUGAGUCACAAUUUCAUCGAAAGCGUCCCAUCCACGGUUUUGAGACAUUUGGAGACCAGAAUUUCCACCCUCAAACUCGAAGAAAACCCGCUCAACUGCGACUGUGACAGUAAAGAAUUGUGGGAGUGGUUGCAGGCUCACCCGAAAGCAUUUUCUCAGCCCGGCUCCCCAAUCGCGUCGGCCCUCGCGGCGGGUGGCGUCGGUGUGCCGAGCAGCCGCACCCCCUCUGACGGGGCCCAAAAUCAACCCAACUUCAUCUGCGAAAGGCCCGACGAAUUUCGUGGGAGGGGAAUUCUCGAUUUGGAUCUCGAUUCAUUCUGCUCGUCGCCAGCCAUUGUGAAAUUGGCGAUUCAGGAUGUGCAGCCCUCCUCGGCCAUAAUUUCGUGGCAAGGACGGAACAACUCGGCGAUGCAGGGAUACAUGAUUGGUUAUCACGCCCUCAACCACGACGACCAAAUUCGGUGGACGCGCCCACUUCCGGCCGUGUCGAAAGCGUACCGGAUUCCAGACCUCGAGUCGGACACGCCGUAUCUCGUCUGCGUCCUCGGCCUCGCGCAGGACACGACCUCCAACGUCACCACCAGUGCACUCACCCUCCUCUCCGCAGAAACAGUCCUCAGGGACUCUCCAGUUUCGAAAUGCACGAAGGUCCGCACCUCCAUCCCGGUCUCUGGCUCGGACAAAUUCUCCAUCCUCCAACGCCGCAUGGGCGUCAUUGUCGGCGCGGCGGUGGGUGUCGUCGUCUUCAUCGUGUUGAUGACCAUCCUCACCUGCGUCAAGUUGAAAAAGAGUCGCCGAGCUGGUGCGACACGGGAAGAAGAAAAUGGGAAAAGUGACCAUCACAACAACCACCUCGGCGUCACGGAGGCGCUCACCCCGCCGAACGGGACGAAUGGCUUGGGCACGCUGAACUAUGGGCACAACACGCUCCAAUUUCACAACGGCCACACCCACACCUUGACUCGAAUGGGCAACGGGAAUGGCAACAGCGCCGUCGUCACGUCGCCCAAUCGCGGGGGGCGAAUGUCACCCGAGUUCCUAACCUAUCGACACUACUCGAUCGCCACGGAUAACAACGGGGUCAACAUCAUGCAGUCAAUGGCGACCACAGAUUUGGACCGGUUAUGACAAGACUCGUCCCAACAUCCAGAUAUCCUUCCCCCACCGCCCGGCCCCUUUGGUGGAGAGUCUUGUAUUUAAGAAAAUCAAAAAACCUACAUAAUUUAAGCUAAUUGUUAAAAAUAAAAUUGUUUAAAACGCAGGUGUUUUCUCGUUGUAAAAAAUAAUAAAAUGAGAGAUUUGUUGUAUGUAAAUCCGACUUUCUUCUCUGAAAUUGUUGAGCUUCCUUCGUGUAAAUAAAAAUCAAUUGUUGCCGCAUUUCUAUUAAUUAAAAUGAUAGAUUGUUAUGUAAGUUUUAUUGUGUGACUAUGUAAUUUAUUGAAUAUAUAUGUAAAUUGUGUAAUGAGACGAAUCACGUGGAUAUUUGUAAUCAACCAAAAUCGUUAACUUAUUGACAAGCAAGACUAAUGCAGGCUACGAAUAUAUUGUAAGCUGACACGGAUCUCGUCAGUUUCCAAAACUAUAUGUCGUAAUUUUACAAAAUUUUCACAGUUUAUUGCGUUACAAAACUUUGCGUGAGUUGCUAUCUCAAUUUAAGAUACAGUUUACCAAACCAAUCGUAGUUAAGUCAUGAUCUUAAUUGUUUAAAUAUCCGUCCUAAUAUUUAAAUAUUAUUUAAUUUAACACUCAUUUAUAAUUUUGUUACAAUUUAUUUAAAAAAUCUUUACACAAAACCAGAUUUCAUUCAACCCGACACCUAAAGUUAAAUGUUCCCAAAUCCCUCAAACAUACUUAAUCCUCAUCAUGAAAUUAUGUACUACUAAAUAAUCACUGAUUAGUAAUUAGUGAAUUAUUUAAAAAAUAUUUAUAUCUAACGUAUUUAAAUAAUACCCAUCAUUAACUAUGUAAUUAAUUGAAAUUACUGUGCCUUAAAUAAAUACUUCUCAUCGCAUUUUCAAUCGACUUUGAACUCCUUCUCUCUCUUCUUCUAUAUAAAGAAACGUCUUAUUAAACAAGUAUUAAAAUUUUAUUACGAAAUUGAUAUGCAAAAAAACAUCACAAAAAAUAUCUCGUAUGUAUUAACACUUAAUUAUGAUGUAAUAAUUAUGUCAGUAAAUUGUCAUCCUAAAAUAUUUAUACUUUACUUAUUUAUUAAGCUGCGUUUAUACACUUCACUCCUUUGUAACUUGCGCCAUUCUAAACAUUGGCGCUAGUUUUAAUUGACGAGUCAAUUGAUUAAAAAGUGUUUUUAUGGAGAUUUCAAUGUAUCAAGGGCAACUUUUUCCAUUUCCAUUUGCGUGUAUGAAGCAUGUUUAAUUGAUUUGAGGGCGUGUAGCAGGGGUCAUGGCGUCCUGGUCAUGUCAAUAAAAGCGCGGGCUGAUCAAGCGGGAUUUAUGAAAAUUUAUGAAGGAAUUAAAAUUUUGCAAAAGUCGAUCACAUGCUUUACACACCCAUUAAUUUUGGUCCUCAUGAUAAAAAUAUUUAUUUUUAUAAAAAAAAACAUUCACAUUUUAUAACUACAUAAAUUAUAUAAGUGACAAAUUUUUAAAUAAAGUAUAAGCAAGCAAAAAUUUA